UUUCCUGAAAUCAGUUUUAUACAUAUCUUCUGUAGGUACUGGUGGUUACGGAUGCAUGCCCUUGGACAAGCAGGUGAAUGGGCCGAGUUAGAAAGAUUCUCCAAGUCGAAGAAACCCCCUGUAGGACUAGAGGCAUUUGUAGAAGUGUGUUCCAAACACAAAAAUGUAGCAGAAGCCAUGAAGUAUAUAGCCAGAGUUCAACCAGAUCAGAAGGUCAAAUGCCUGCUGAAGAUUGGUCAGAAGAAAUCUGCUGCGGAGGCUGCGUUUGAGAACCACAGUGAGGACGACCUGAACUUAGUGUUACAGAAAUGUGGAGCUGCUGACAAACAAUUGGUAGAAAAUAUACGCUCAAUGAAACAACAGCUUGGUGGCCGCAGAUAGCAGGGUCUGGG